AUGGCAAAACCCGCAGCAGCAGAACUGACGGUUAUUAUUCUCUUCAAAGAAGGUCAUUUGGCCGAAUUACCUUCAAAAAAAACAUAUCGUGAAUAUAACACAGGAUGGAAUACAUACAGCGCAUUCUGUACAUCGUCGGGUGAUGCAAAAGCUAAUAUAAGGAGUGUAUUAAACACGUACAGCGGUUAUGAACAAUAUGCGGAACAAAUUGUAAAUACAUACUGCUAUGCAACUACCAUGGGAGGAAACAAACCCUAUGAUACAUAUUGUCAAUUUUUUUAUUAUUGGUUAUUGGAUCUAUUAAUUAACAAAUUGAAUGUUCCAUCACCCUUGAAUGUUAUGAAAACAGUCUACGAUGAAUUCAAAAAUGUUCUUGAUGGAAAGGGGUGUAAAAAUAUAAACGAAAAUAUUAAGGAAGAUAUUUUCCCCCAAGUAAAAACACAUUUCGACUACAAACAGGACUAUUUAACCCUACAAUCACAGUUAGGGAGUGGUGGUAGUGAUGGUGUUGGUGGUGUUGGUGGUGUUGGUGGUACAAAGACUUGUGAUAAAAAAUAUCAUGAUCACCUAACGGCCAUUAAAUCAGCAUGUUCUGCUGUAAGUACAUACUGCGCAACAGAGGAUGGGAAAACAAAUAGUGCUUCAUAUUGUGGCCCGUUUAAUGCAGCAAAGGACGGAGAUGAAAAUUACUGUAAGGAAAAUAAGUUGGACAUACUAAUAUGUGAUUUAGUAUCUAAACCACAAGUGGAGGAACCUGCAGCACAUGCUGCAGGGGGAAUAGCUGGUUCUACGCCCACCUCAGGGAACCAUGUUACCGCUGGUACUGUUUCUUCCACAUUGUCUAUACUAGGAUUACCAGCGGCUGCCUUUUUUUUGUAUAAGUACAACCUUCUACCUGACUGGAUAAGUAACAAUUUUUGGAAAAACAACGGAGGCAGGAACAGGAACACCAACAGUAACAGUAGAAACAGGGUAAAAAGAAGUUCCACUGGGCGUCACCACUUUGACGACGACAACACCUUAACAGAAACUUCUUCUACAGAGUACGAUUCAACUUCAUUGGGUUCGUCAUCCAAUUUAACAGAAGACAAUUCUUCUUUAUACACUACAACUACAACAUCAUCAUCAUCAUCUACCACUACCAACAGCAGAAGAGGAGCAGCAGGAACAAAUAAUAGGCAGGGGAAGGUACAAAAGAGGCAAAGUAACAACAACAGAAACGGACAUAAUAGAAAUAUUGGUUAUCAAAACAUUUAA